AUGGCACUCGCUCUAUGCUUUAAAGGGCGGGAUAUAGCUCGUGACUUUGCUGCGCUGGACGCAUCGUUAACGUUGUGCUUUGUACUUUCCAGAAUAUCGGAAAUAUUUUUCGCCGAAAUAGAGUAUAAAGUCGGAAUAAGGCGAUGUGCCGUCGAUGUGCCUUCUUCUACUAGUAAUCGAGUUGAGUCAUUCUCUUCGGUGCUUCCUGAAAAGCUGAGAAUUAUAAGCACAACAUUUCUGGAGGAUCAGUAUUUACCAACUGCAGCUAGUAUGUGCUAUAGGCGAUACGUCUGGGAAAUAAAUGCUUGUGGUAUUGAGAAUGCAUUCUUAGAGCGACCUUGA